GCCAUAAAGGCCGCCUGCGAACGAGGCGCCACUGAGAUGUGAUUACUCGUUCUUCUCCAAAAAAGAAAAGAAAAUGAGCACGCGGUACGUUUAGUAGUACUACUUAUCAUCGCGAAAAUUAAUCUUUUUAAAACCGGUUAGUGCUCUAGAAACUGCAGCCGUUCAGUCUCUCUCAUUGACUUUCCGAUAGCUGUCGGGAAAAAACGACAGUACCAUCAAGAACCCACUUGAGAACGACAAUCACCAUCAGAACAAAUUACCAAAACAUCAGUGUAUGUGCUCAUCCACUCGUAGAUCCAACCGUGUCGUAACUUGACCCCAGAUAAGGGUCUUAUCUCUCACUUCAAGUUUCUCACAGAAAGAGUAACACUGUAGAAGAAUCGACAUAUUGUACCUAAAAUGUCGCUGCGUGAGUACGACUCGGAAGUUGCCCUUUGUAGGGCCAGGCAGGAAGAAGAUGAGUUCGACCUAAAGUUCUACAAGCAGAUGGGAGAUGGGCUUCCUGUUAUCAAUGAUCUUUCAGACCUGAUGAGACAAUUGCGAUUAAUUUUCGAUAGUGAUGAUAACCAUGUGAACAUUGAGCUAGUGAGGUAUUGCAUGAAGGCCUACAAAUCCAACCCUGCUGAUUGGAAGAAGUAUGCAAAGUUUGACAGAUACAGGUAUACCCGUAACUUAGUAGACAGCGGUAAUGGCAAAUAUAACCUGAUGGCCUUGUGCUGGGGUGAAGGUCACGGUUCAGGAAUUCAUGAUCACCAAAACUCUCAUUGCUUCAUGAAGAUGUUGCAAGGUAGCUUACAGGAGAUACGGUUUGCUUGGCCUGAAGCGGAAGGUGAAGAAAUGAAGGAAGUCGGAAGGACAAUUAUGAAAACCAACGAUAUUUGUUAUAUUAACGAUUCGUUGGGCCUACAUAGAGUAGAGAACGUUUCCAAUGUCGACACAGCCAUCUCCCUACAUCUGUACUGUCCUCCAUUCAACACGUGUUCAGUGUUCAGCCAAAGAACUGGACAGAAAUCUACGGCAAAAAUGACAUUUUACUCUCUAUACGGGAAACGUAAUAAGGAGAUUUGUGAUACUCAGGAACCAGAAGAUAAUUAAAACAUGCACUAUGUAUAUGUUCUAAGUGCGCUAACAAAUAGCCUAUAGAGUAUAAGAAAUAAAACAAAUUAUGUUUAUACUGCAAUAAAUUAUUGCUAAUCGAGAUGAGAUGACCAUUCACAAGAAACAUUAAAUAACCUAAGGAUUUUAUAAGUGCAGCUGUAGAAAUGUUGGAAAAUAAAAGACAAAAAAUGAUAAAUAUGUGAUUGUCUUUCUCCAAAAGUGAUGAGCACAUGACUUUCAAACACGCAAUCGGUUUUUUUAUUAUGUUGAUUUGGAAUAUUCAGUAAAAGUUCAAAAGACCAAUAACUCCGUCGUAUAUUUCUAAAACAUACGAACAACCCGACUGUAGUAAUCGUAAAGAAUGAAGAUUUAAUUGCACUAUGAAGACAAAUCUAAUACUCAUAAAAUCUAAAACUUACUGAUUUUAUCGAUCCUGGUGACAGAUUGCGAUUUAUAAAACAACCAAAAACAGUGGGAUGUUUUUUGCCAAUCUGAUAAACAAAAAUGAGGUACUUUCCGGUGACGGGAACAAUAGAAUCAAAUAUUUAUGUCCUAUCCUAUACAGGCGGGAAAGGGGGAUGUCAGAUACUGGGCUGUAAUUUUUAAUAUGUUUUACUUUUAUUUUGUACUCCUACAAUUAUUGCAAUUUUUUGUUUGGAUCAAUACAAUAGUUAUAAAAAUACUGAGAGUCUUAAUACAAUUUUCAAGCUCUCUCGUUUCACAAUUCUGUUGGGUAAGCAGUAUUAGAAUGGUUAAUGCUGAUGGAAGGGCUAUGAGAGGGUGGUAUAAAUAUAAGAUUAUAAUACAUCAUAGUAGCAAAUCAUGAACUUAGGAGACUAGGAGGAGACUAACAAACUACCAGUUUCUGCGGUCACCGCAUCGUUUCCUCUCUUGCAUUCUUUUCGCUAAGGAGUAAUAGAUCUAAAGCUGACCACAGCUUGAAAAAAUAUGCUUUGAUUAGUUUUGAUACCCUUACUUCCAUGUUUUGGAUUAUGUGUAAUGUUAUUGCG